AUGUCGUCAUCAUUCAACAGGGGAGGUCGUCGUGUUAUCGUCGGUGGAAGUGGAAGUGCCUCCGGUACUUUGAACGAUCGUUUCACACAGAUGAAGGACACCAAGGUUGCAAUCAGCUCGCCAGGCUUCAAGAAGAGAUCCGGUGGUUCAACCUCUGUUACCAUCACCCGUGACGGUGGAGACCGUAGACCAAGCGGUGGACGUUCGCACUCUGGUGGAGACCGUGGUGGACGUUCACAUGCCGGUGGUAGACCCCAAGGUGGUCGUGGUGGAUCGCGUGGUGGACGUUUCGGUGGUCGUGGUGGAUCUCGUGGUGGUCGUGGUGGACGUGGAGGUCGUUUCAAGAAGGAGAAGACCCCAACCAAAGAGGAAUUGGAUGCCGAACUCGACCAAAUCGCCAAGGACAACGAAAUGAAAGAAAAUGGUGAAUCAAACUAUGAAAAGCUGGAAAUCAUUGAUUUAGAUGAUCUAGGUAGAGUUUUUAUAAUUAAUCUUUAA